CCCCCUGCAAAAAUCAAGCAGGGUGGCCAUUUUGGUGUCCUUACAGGAAUGUGGCUUUUUCGGCCCAUAACAUUGCACAGGGCAACCAACUCUGGAAAGCCAUAGGUCAAAAUUAGGAUUGCGUUCCACUUCGUCGAACGCAAAAACUAGUGCCAGGCCUGUUUUUUGUCUCUGUCUCUCUCAGUUGUGUGAGGCCUGGUAGCAUAGCAUAAACUCAAGUGCAAAGAAAUUCGUGUAAGUUACUGAGCCGGAGUGUUGGCUCGUUCUGUUCUUAUGGAUUGAUUGCGAUUUUCGGGUUAGAUCUGUAAGCCUAGUAUGCCUUCGUACCGCAGAACCGCUACUCAAAGCGAUAUGCAGACCGUGGUUCGUAAAUGCGCUUUGAUAGGUAUCGUUAUUAGCUUCGUUAUUGGAUUAAUAUACUGGUGGAUGUCAGGCGAGGGCGAAGUGGAUUCCCUCGGCAACAAUCAAAGCAUCGACUUUUAUCACAGGGCUGCAUUCGUUAAGGAGUACAACAAAACAUAUCCUUUGACUCGUCCAGAGAUCACAGCAGAGGGAAAGAGGUUUAGAAUCGGGGUGAUUGCAGAUCUUGAUGAAAACUCGAAAUCAUCUUCAAAGGCGAACACAUGGACAAGUCACUUCAAGCGAGGGUAUUUAACACUUCAUCGCAAUGGCCAGGUGUCUGUGGAAUGGGAUAAAGAUCUAGCUGUGCUAUCUUCUACUUUGUCCCAAAAAGGACGGGGCAUGGAACUAUCGGAGUUGAUAGUUUUUAACGGGAAACUGUACGUUGUUGAUGAUCGAACCGGAGUAGUUUUUCAAAUUCAGGACAAGCACACUACUGCGUGGGUGAUUUUACCCGAUGGAGAUGGCACAGAAGCGAAGGGUUUUAAGGCAGAGUGGAUGGCUGUCAAAGGCAAAACUCUUUACGUCGGUGGCCUUGGAAAGGAGUGGACAACAACAGAAGGAGUGUUCCAAAAUCACAACCCACAGUGGGUUAAGAGCAUUGGCCCCAAUGGAGAUGUGGUCCAUCAUAACUGGGUGUCCAGAUAUGAGGCCUUGCGGGGGGCCUUGGGGAUUCAGUACCCUGGGUAUGUAAUUCAUGAGGCAGCAAACUGGAGUGACAAACACAAGAAGUGGUUUUUCUUACCAAGAAGAGCUAGUCAUGAUUCGUACAAUGAAAAAGAUGAUGAACAUCGGGCAACAAAUGUCAUGAUAACCUGUGAUGAAGACUUCACAAACUUCCAUGUGCGCACCAUAGGAGAACUCAACUUGACUCACGGUUUUUCUUCUUUCAAGUUUAUCCCUGGUACAGAUGAUAAGUUAUUUGUUGCUCUGAAGACAGAAGAAGACAGGGGUACCAUUCGCUCAUACAUUGUUGCUUAUGACAUUAAUGGAAGGAUGAUCAUGCAAGAGACCCAUAUUGGUGAUAAUAAGUUUGAAGGAAUUGAAUUUUUAUAAAAACUGCCAGAAUGUAUAUAUUUUAAGAUAUCCCUUCUUCAGUUACAUGUAUAUUAUGCACAGAUCAAUUCUAAGCUUCAACAUCCCUCUCCCUCCUCCCCCCCUAUUCCCACCCCCUCGGGCAUUUGAACUUUUGGAGAUUUUAUUCCACGGUGUGAAAAAUUUGUGAUACUAGGCACGUUUAGCAACUGAAAGCAAUACCUUCGAUGAAUUACAUUUAAUAUUGUUUGAGAGUGGUUGUACAUUUUACAGCAUUUGUUUAUUCACUAUUCAAUAGCAGUUCAUGCUCUGAGGACAACAACUAUUUUAUGAAAAAGGCAAGAUCAGCGACUGUAACUUUCUACACAUUGACUAGCAAAUGAUUUGACUAUUCAAGCUUUAGAACCUAAAAAUCACACAACACAAAUACGCUUUAGUUUUUAAACAUACCUUCAAAAAUGCUGCAAAGCUUUAGCAGCCCUUGGCUUGUCACCCAUCCGCUAACAAAAGUGACUUCUUUUCCUUUAAACUUCUCCAUACCUGGAACAACCAUGUGUAUUCUGCUGGAAAGACUUGACACUUCCAGUUGAAAUUCCCCACCCCACCCAGGCAAGGUUGAAAUCACCCACCCCUGGGAAGUCUUUGUCAAAUUCCUACUAGGACAGUCAAAUGUCUGUGGGUUGCCUAGGGGGUGGGGGAUGUUGAAGCUUUGAAUUGAUCGGCACAUUGUCAAGUCUACAGGAUCAAACCUUCCUAUCUGAAAAACACAUGGCACACAAUUUUGUGAGUACAACUACAACUGGGAGUAAGAUAAGAUAAAGACAAGAUCCUUUAUUAUAUCCUUUCAGGGAAUGAUUGUACAGUUAAGUCAUUUUUCAUGGUCACUUUUCUAAAGCAGACAACUCUCUGAAUCAGUGUCUUUAAAUAAUUUCUUAACUGGAAAACUAUAAGGCAGAACACAUUACCCCAAGAGUGCCAUGUGGCACAAAAUUACUCUGAAUCGUUUGCCUGACUGACACUGUAAUUAUAUGGUAAACAUAACUGUGACAUUGAUAAGUAUGAGUUUUGAUAAGUGCUGUUAGUAAUAAUAUUUCUGUUAUUCAUCUCUUUUUUUCAAGUGAGUAUACAGGAAUCUUUGCUGGCAUCAUUGUUCUCAUUUUGCUGCUUUUGCACAUACCACAUUGUGUGGAGAAGGCAUCAGGCUAGACAAAAUUGAGUUGAAACAUUUAAAGAGCUGUGAAACUUAGUAACUGGCUAAACACUUAAAUCUUUGAGUGUAAUAGUGAAGGAGAAAUGGACCUUCAAAAACUGUAAAAUUUCUGGGGGCACUGGCAGAAAUGAAUCCAUGCCUUCUUUGUUAACUGUUGAGCUUGCGGCACAUGAAAAUUAAUUUAGUUAAACAGGUACAUCAGGUUCAGAUGUCCUGGGACAGUUAAUCAUGUCAUGACCUUUCAUAGCUGAUUUUUUUAUGAUAUUUUUAGCUCAACCAAAACCUGAAGCCUCUGUGCUUAAGGAAAAAAAUACUACUGGCAAUGUAAAAAAAAAAAGAUUUCCAUAUUGUACAGAACUUAAGAAUGCUUUCAAGGUAAUUUCUUAUUUUUGUUGUUUUCGGAACGAGACAUAGUGUUGGGAGCACAGCCUUUCUAUGAUUGUUCAAUAUUAGGACCCUCCUUUCAUUAAAAGCUGCUCAAAAAGGGCCUUUGUUUCAACCAGGUGAAUGGGUAAGUGCCCUUAUUCCAAUUAGCACCCUAGCUCUAACAAACAUCAUCUGCUGCAAUCAAUGCACUUUACAAUAUGCACCCAUCUUUCAGUUGUGGUGCUGAAGUGUAUCAAGUUGGUCUGAGUUGGUUUAAGUUUGAAAUGAGGACAUUUUCAUUUUUUAUCGAGUCAUCUUACAGCAAAGUAGGUUAGUCCCUUGGAGAUGUUCAGGUACAAAUUAAAGAAAAUAAAAACCAUUAAGCUCCAA